AUGAAUCAUGAUGACAAUGAUAGUCAAGUAACUGAUAAUGUAAGUAUAAAAACUGGUUUAACUCAUAGAUCGUCACGUAUAGUCUCAAACGAACCUAUUGUAUGUAUUGAGAAUGGCGAUUCUAUAAAUAUCGAACUCGUUUAUUAUACAGCUAUGUUGAAGAAAUUUGCCCCAAAUUUGAGUAAAGAAAAAGACAGAGAAAAGGUAAUACCAUGGAUUAGAAAACUCUACGCUGCUGAGUAUGCAACUGAAUUUUUCAAAACUAAACGUAAUAGAUAUCUUUUCACUAUGAUUCUUUCAAUACUGAAUGAUGAAAUGUAUGGUGUUUUUAAAACACCUCCUCCAAACGGGCCAUUAAAGGCACCAGAGAGUUUUGCUAUUCCAAUGAUGCCACCAGCAACCUGGGAGAUGGACACGAUGUUGGAAGAAUUGUUAAAAGACGAAGUUACAGUAAUUGCGGUCUGUUCUAUGCAUGCUGAAUGUUCACGAGAGGAAGAAGAUAGCGAAGAAAUUAUUACCGAAAAUAUGUCAGAAGAAGAAAAGCAACGAAUAAUAGAUAGUAAUGAAAAAAAAAAAAUACAAAAAUCAAAAAAAGUAAUGCUCAGGACUUUGCUCGAUUGGGAGUUUCAGUAUUUACUUCAUGUUGCUCGGCCUUAUGCUGCAUUGAUAACUUCCAUACCAGAUAAAACGAAACUCAUUAAAUGGUUACAAAAGCUCUGUAACGUGAACAUAGAAACGGAAUGUUUAAAAAUGAGAGGUGUACGAAACGAUUAUAUGAUGGCACUAUUGGGUUAUUUAUAUGAUCUACGAUUAACCGGACCUUUCGAGAAUCCACCACCUGACGGACCAUUGGAAACAUUAAAUAAAGCUAUGGAUAAGAUAAAAGAUAGCUUUCCAUUAACCAUACCAUCUCAAAAUGAUGUCAAUGAAUUUUUAGCAGGUCAACCAACUCCAGCUGAUGGAGGUGCUUUUUGUUACAUAGCUAUAAGCGGCGAUUUACAAGCAACUAAUUUGAUUAAGUCGAAACCAAUUCAAACUAAUAAUUGUACUAAAUAA